AUGAAUCCAGCCUAUUUCGUUUUCCUCAUACAACUCGCAUAUGCCUUACAGGCUGCGCCAGUGCUUCUAGCGUCCCACAAACUUGUUCCUGGAUUGAAAAAGGACAUCCAAACUCCCAAUACAAAAACCCAGCGUCCUGAAGAUGUAACACACAUGAUUAAAAGGCUCGUCACAGAAUGCUCAUCGGACGUAUACCUUCUUGUGAAUGCUCCAGGACUUACUCAGGCAGACAUGACGGAUUUCAACAAGAAUAACUGGCCUCAGCUUCAGAAGUACCUUCACAUGUCAUCCUCUGUAGCCGCGUUACCAUGGAUGGAAGGCACCUUGGACUAUGAUCAUUUGUCAGAGUAUAUCGUACAAACAUGCAAGGCACAGGCCAUUGUUGUGCACUCUAACGAGGAGGAGGUGGAAACCUACAUUGAUACACGCAAGCGUGUGAUUCGAAUUGAGGCUGACCCAAUUCCUGGAAUUCAACCAGCAAGAGAUGAGGCUGUGCGGAAUCUCGAUGAUUUGAUUCGAAAGAUAUUGCGUAAACUGCCAUCUCCUCAUUACACCAUCCUAGUCUCUUCCUCGGAGGUAUCUUCUGCACAUCCUAUCCCAGAAAUUGCAUUGGAAAGUACUCCGGAGCAUUUUGAAAUAUUUUAUGAUAUUGUGAACGACCCCUCUCGUGAAUCAGAACAGGAGAGAAACAACUACAUGUAUGCUGAUGUUGAACCUAUUUGGAAAGAGUACGAAGAUCCCACCGAAUUGUAUUUACAGAGAAGACGCAAAGAUGAGAUACAUUUUUUUGAUAGCGCUUUGUGGAAGAAAAAGGAGAAGGUCGUCAUCACCUUAAUGCUCAUCAUCGUUUCUCUAUUUGUGUUCAACUUGGUAUCCGUUGGGCGCUGGUUAAAAAAUAGGGCUACAAAAGAUAAGAUUCUCUAA